CCCCUAUGCCACAACACAUCAGACAACCACAAAUGCAUCAACAACAGCUCCCACAACAACAACUUCAUAGACAAGCUCUUCAUAGUCAACAUUUAGAUAUGCUUGGCCAUGAUCAAAACGGAGAACUUAUGGAUUCUCCUACUACCAGCACUACUACUACCACUACAACUACCACUAGUAGCACCACUCCUAGAAAGGUUGCUCCUAGAUCCAGUGACUUGUUUAGAAUUGGUCCUCAUUUCACCAUGACUAGACACCACCAACGUAUUUACUGUGCCGGUAAUGACCUUGAAGUUAACCCAAUUGUGACUGCCCGUAUUGAUAGAGGUUUCGAAAUGGGUGACAACGGAACUUGGAUUGGUUACAAACGUAACUAUUUCACUUUAGUUUCCAGUUUCAUGUUUGAUAAUUUUAAUUUUGAUAGAUUUAUUCAUAACAAGUUUUAUACCAUAGGUGAAAAGGGAUUCCGUGUUGAUAUCAACUAUUUUGCCAUUAGAUUAGUUGCAAAAUGUUCUGAUGACGAUGUUUCCAUUUCAUUGAUCCAACACACUGCCAAGCGUGACAAGGGUCCUCAAUUCCCACCACCAAUCUACCCUGCUGUUCCCGGUAACUUGCCUGAUCAUGAAACUGUCAAGGCAUCAUGUAACAAGCGUAACAAUACCAAGAUUGAUGCCAUGAACAAGAUUUUCUAUUUCGAUAGAGCUCAGUACUACAAUGAAUACAACUUGAACACCAUGAAGGAUGAGUCGUGCUUGAGAAACUACCCUUCUGAUUCCAUUGCUAAAGUUGCUAGAUUUGAAAGAAUCCAAUUCACAAGUUCUAUUAGAAUAAAGAGUUCUAAUCUCAACUCGAGAUUCUUUACUUUACAUGUUGAGUUAUUGGGGAUUAUCGAAGAUGAACAAAUGGGACAAAUCCAACCGGUGUUGUUGAGUUCGGUGGAAACUCCUCCUUUGAUCAUUAGAGGAAGAUCUCCAAGCAGUUAUCAAAAAGUGGGUUACAGAAUAUAAGCUCAUUUGCUUGUGCUUAUAUUACAGACACAACCGACCCCCCACUACGCGCAUGUCCCAUACAGACCACCACCACAUUGCUUGCUUUUCUCUGUACUAUUAUUAUUAUUUACUUUGUUAUUAG